UAGAAACCCUACUUCUUCUUCCUUGAAAAAAUAAAAUAAAAAUCUUCCCUCCCGUCUCCCUGUCUUAUUUGCAGGGCCUUCUCUUCUCUCACAGUGGGUUGAUUUUCUUCCAUUAUCACUGACAUCCGCUCCAGUAUUUGUGUGUUCGAUCUCUGUGAUAUUGGAUCGGUCGAUGGCCGAAGAAGAGGAGAGGAACGGCGGCGAUGGAAGUGAGACGAGUGACUACACAUCGGAGGACGAAGGAACGGAAGACUACAAGCGCGGAGGAUACCACGCUGUACGAAUCGGAGAUACAUUCAAACUCGGACGAUACGUUGUGCAGAGCAAGCUCGGUUGGGGCCAUUUCUCAACUGUUUGGCUCGCUUGGGACAUCCAAAAAUCUACAUAUGUAGCUCUGAAAGUUCAAAAGAGUGCUCAGCAUUAUACUGAAGCGGCAAUGGAUGAGAUUGCAAUAUUAAAGCAGGUUGCUGAGGGAGAUCCAGAUGAUAAGAAGUGUGUUGUGAAGCUAUUGGAUCACUUUAAGCAUUCUGGUCUUAAUGGGCAGCAUGUUUGUAUGGUAUUUGAAUACUUGGGAGAUAAUCUUUUGACACUUAUCAAGUAUUCAGACUACCGAGGGCUCCCUAUCCACAAAGUUAAAGAAAUAUGCUUUCAUGUUUUGGUGGGUUUGGAUUAUUUACAUCGCAAACUUUCCAUCAUACACACAGACUUAAAGCCAGAAAAUGUGUUGCUUCUAUCAAUGAUUGAUCCAGCUAAAGAUCCUACAAAGUCAGGGACUCCUGUCAUUCUUCCUUCCAAUAAAAGUAAGAUUCUCUCUGAAUCUGGGGAUUCUAAAGCUGUGAAGAGUUUAAAUGGUGACCUGACCAAGAACCAGAAAAAGAAAAUUCGAAAAAAGGCUAAGCGGGUAGCUCAAAAGUGUGCCGACAAGGAAGCUUCUGAGGAGACUGAACCACAUAAUGAAACUAUUGGUCCUGAAGACUCUACUUGUGAUGAAAAACCUGAAGCGAACUCAGUUGAGGAACAAACUAGUAUUGAAGCCAGUGGAGAUGUCUCAACAAAGGAAGGGCGCCAAAGAAUUCAGAGACAUAAACGAGGCAGCCGGUCUGAUAGGCAGAAGCUAUUGGCUGAUGUUGACCUUAAGUGCAAAUUAGUUGACUUUGGUAAUGCAUGUUGGACGUAUAAACAAUUUACAAGUGAUAUCCAGACAAGACAGUAUAGAUGUCCGGAGGUUAUACUGGGCGCUAAGUAUUCUACUUCAGCAGAUCUUUGGUCCCUUGCUUGCAUUUGUUUUGAGCUCACCACAGGUGAUGUUCUUUUUGAUCCUCACAGUGGUGACAAUUAUGACAGAGAUGAGGAUCACUUGGCCCUCAUGAUGGAGCUUCUGGGGACGAUGCCACGCAAGAUUGCCUUAGGUGGACGCCAUUCAAGAGAAUUUUUUAACCGAAAUGGAGAACUGAGGCACAUCAGGCGCUUGCGGUUCUGGACUCUCAGUAAAGUGCUCAUGGAAAAGUAUGAUUUAUGCGAACAAGAUGCGAAUGAGAUGGCAGAUUUCCUUAUACCUAUGCUCGACUUUGUGCCUGAGAAAAGACCGACAGCAGCUCAAUGUCUUAGUCAUCCAUGGAUUACUGGAGGCCCUCGACAUCUUACUUCUUCGACUAAUUCUCUAUCUGAAGCAACUGAAAACCAUGGUCCGAAGAACAACCGAGAGAAGGAUGAAAGGGAGGCAAUGGAAGUUAGAGUGGGUAAUAUUGCAAUUGAUGGGGCUCCAGGCCCAGUCAAAGCUUCUCAAUCUUCAAAUCUUGCUAAGAAGACAUAGUUGACUGGUCCAGGUGAAUGCAGUGCUGUGAGCAUUUGGAAAUUGAAGGAAUGACUCCUUUGCUUCACUGUGGGUAGAAUCGUACAUCCUUACAUGAACUGGGAGCAGGCAGGUUUAAACAUGUACCGAAGCAGCACGUUGGUGUUGGUUUGGUGAGUGAAACAGAUUCUUUUGGUUGUAUAACUUUUGGUGGACAAUUUAUGAGCCACCCUUCGAUUGGAUUCUUAUUAUUUUGGCUUUCCUUUGAUGAUG